AGAGCGAACGUUUGGAUAAGAAACCGAGGGGGGAGAGGGAGACGGGGGUCGAGAGGAGGAGAAGAGGAUCGAGGUGACCAUGUCGAUGGGCUCGCUCGUUCGGCUUCCUACCUGCAACCCGAAAGGAGCGCUGCUUCAGGAAGACGCCCGCUUCUUCUUGCGCGGCUCGCCCCUUGCCAGCGUCACGACCGGCAACAAGCGUCAGCAGCGGCGGCGGAAUCUGCUGGUUGUGGAAGCCAAGGGGAAGAGGGGGAUGAUGGCGGGUCGGCAGUCCCAGCGCCCUCCCCCUCCCCGUCUCCCCAAGAUCGAGGACGACGGCAACCCUCGUUUCGUUGUCUUCAUCCGCACCUCCAACGUGUAUCUUUGGUACCCGCUUAGUAUAAUAAGUGGCGGCACAACUGCGAAGAUUAUGGUGGCAGCAAAAGAUAACUUUCUUGGAAAAUAUAUCUACAAAGACACCAUUGCUCGAAAUAUUGCAGCUGUUAUAUAUAGAGAUGAGAAGGAAAUACAAAAGACAGCAGUUAAACAAUACCGUGUUUUGCGAUCUGCUACAUCAUUUAGAUAUGGUUACAAACUUGUUGAAAAUAACAAUUUGAGGGCUGCAAUUUCUACUUCCAAUGUCAUUGAACUUCCAACACAGGAAGAGCUUAAAACCGUCCUUGACAAGGUGAAAGACUUCUUCGGCAAUGCUACCAGUGAUGCUAAAGAGUCAUUUGGAAAGCUUACAUCCUUGGGUUCAUUAACUGAUGAGGAACCAGAAUCACAAUCCGAAGUGAAGAGCUGAAGGAAUAUGGACUUCUGACAUCAAGAUGGCCAAAGAUCUCUGUGAGCUGAUAUCUUUUCUGAUGUUAUCAAAUCUUUACCUUAGUUGUUCGUACUCGACAGCUCAAACUUUUGUGUACAUCUCUUCUACAUCAUCGAGUGAAAUUGUUCACCUUUUCUUUCAAUCUCCACUAAGUUAUUUGGAGUUGCAAGUUCUGCUAUUUGCAAAUGGUAUUUCAAAGCCUUACAAGAACAGAUAUGUUGUAAAAGAACUCUCAUUGUCAUAUUAUCUGAAAAGGACUUGGAUUCUCCAUAA